AUGGAAGACGACGGAAAGCGGCGGCAAACUCCUGUUUUCGACGGUGUAACGAAUCAGGACAGAACCGUUAUAAGCAGAAUAAUGCAAAGGUUUCGUCCGAUCGCACCAAAACCAACUGUCGGUGAAUCUUCAGACGAUUCAACAAGCUGCAAGAUCCUUGGAAGAAACAGAAGAUCUAAAAGAAAGUAUGUUAGGGUUCGGAAUAAAAACAUCAGUACUGGUAGAAUAGUUAGUAAAAAGAAUGGUUGCGAUGGAGAGAACAUAAAGACCGAUCUUGGUUGUGAUGAUAGAAGCGAUAUCGUUACGCUUCAGCUUUUACCAGAGAAGGAUAAUAGAGAUCUAAGAAGUAAUCAAGAAGAUCAAACUGGUCAUGAUGAUGAGUACUAUGGUUCGAUCGUAGGGCUGCCGUCAUCUUCAGAUCGGACGGUGGUGGAGUCCUGGUUGACGGUGGAGUAUGUGAGUGACACGUGUACUGACUUGGGAGGGUAUCACAUCCUGGAGCUAAGCCGUAUGCAUCAGGGAGAGGAGAGAGUAAUGAAGUUGUUAGAGGUUGACACGUGUCCUUGGUUAGUUUCGGAUGGGUCAAACCGGGUCUAUUGGGUUAACAGGGCGUACCGGAGAAUGAUAGGAGCAUCGGAUGAAGAGGUGAAUAUCAAAGUGUGGCUGGUGGUGGCGAUGGAUCUUAUGGAGGAGAUGGCGUGCAUGGUGGAGUUAUAUGGUGCGAUGACGUGCAGGGUUAGGGUUCGGUAUGAGCCGUCCACGUGGAGGAAGGAGAAUGGUCAAUCGGAGUCGGAGGUUAAGAUGACGGUGCCGUGUGAUGUAUGGAGGAUGGAAUCAGGUGGGUUUGCUUGGAGAUUAGAUGUUGAAUCAGCUCUAAGACUCGGCAGGUAA